GGCACAAAAGCAUGUCAGAGCAGGCUGCUCGCAAGACCGCUGAGAUCUUUGUAAUCGACAGAAAGAUACGAGACUUUCCCAGAUUCUCUCAUGAAUUGCAAAAAGUUAAAAACAAACUUGGAGACACUUGAUCCCAAACGGAGCGGUGGUUGUUGUAAGUCUCUUCUCGAGAUCUCAGAUUCUUGCAGAAGCAUCCAAACUCGGAUGCUUCUUCAGCUGAAAUUCCUCCAGAUUUCAUUCACACGGUGAUGAAGGGAUUGGAUUGGACCCUGUUAAUGGGCCUCAUAUGUUUUGUUUAACUUUGACCUUGGAGGCAGGGCAAAGACUGGAUGAGUUUUCUCAGUGCCUCCUCCCCUUCCUAGGAAGCCGUACUCUGCUUCCCCCCCCCCUCGUAGGAGAGCCACAGCUGUCUCAGAAGCUUUGCUGCAUUCAAGGUUUCCUGCCUGGCUUGGACCCUGGUGGCAGCUCACAUCUGGAAUCAUGCAGACAUCUCUUAACAUCUGCCUCUUGGCUGCUGUCGUAGAUCUGGGGAUGUCUUUAAUUUGUGAGAUAUGUGGAGGCUUUGGGAAUACUUGCAAAGGGUCCUUACAGUUUUGCCCACCUGGCCAAGACAAAUGUGGCAUCACUCUGCUAGAGGGCACAGGAGCUCUUGAGGUGAGGAGCAUUGCGAAAAUGUGCGUCCGGUCAAAUGCCUGUGAUGAACCCUUCACUUCCAUUAACCUAGGCAGGGCUGGAGAAGUAUGGACCCAACUCACCUGCUGCAUGGGAAACGAAUGCCAAGGGAUCAUUCCCACCCUUCCACCCUUGAACACCACACCCAAUGGGAAGCAAUGCCCGGCUUGCUACGCUCUACGCAGUCUUGAGUGCAAGGAGGAGAUCAUCGAAUGUACCGGAGACCAAUUCUACUGCCUUGAGAGAUCUGGAAGUAUAACCGUUGGUGGAACAAACGUGAUGAUCAUCUUAAAGGGAUGUGCAAACAACGCAUCUUGUAAUGAUAUGCACGAGAAUUCUUUUUUGGAUGGGAUCCAUAACAUCGUAAAGGCCAACUGCACGCUAGCCUCUGGGGUAGCCAGUAUCGUUCCAGGAGUAUUUGGACUCUUUGUCCAAACUGUUGCUGGGCUCUUGCUGGACUGGUUCCCCCGAGCACAGAUUUAAUGAUACUGUUCGAGCCGUUCCUCCUGCCUGUUUGCUUGUGGCUCUUAGCUUGACUACUGACUGUACAUUUUAUAGCGAAUGUGCCAUAAAGCUCUUACGGCCCUCAUGACCAAAGAUUCACUUCAUCGGACCCAUCAUGGGCCCUGGAUGUAGAGGAAGGGAGCGUAUGGGCAGUGCAACCAGCGGUUGGGUCUGGUGGUGCUCACCAGCUGACAGCAGUGCUGGGUCUUGGAUGAAGUGGGUGGGCAGGAGCUGCACAUUACAGAUGCUUCAGCACCCCCCCCCCCCAGGAGGGGGACUGGUAGUGCCCAGGUUGGGCCGCUGUUGCUAUCAUGUAUCAGCACAUCAUGGGAAUACUGGGUGCUGGCUCUGUAUGCCUUGCACUUUAAAUGUCUGAAACUGCCUUUUUCAAGGGGAAGGGGGCAGCAAAAACAAUCCCAGAAUACAAUUUAUUAAAAUAUUCUGAAAAAUUCCAAAUGGAUCAUAUUUCAAGUGUGCAAUAUUUCUUAAGGAUGCUUUCGAAGAAAAGGCAGUAUUUCUCACUCAAAAAGACAAUAAAUAUUAAACUGCA